CUUGCAUACUGGGGAGGAAGACGGCAUGGUCCCUCCGUGUGCUCGCUCUUCGUUUGAUCUCUGCUGCAUGUCUCUCUCGCGUCACCGUUGUUUCUGCAGGCAAAAGCGCUGAGAGCGGUGUCUCCGCGCUGUGUUUGUGCACUUUCUCUGGACCCUCUUGCCUUUUUUCGGAGUGAUCGUGAAAACUUGCCGACGAGGGAAAAGGAAACGCAACCCUCUGUUUCCGCAAGGCUCUCUCGCCGCACACACAACGCGUUAUCACCCGCCCCCGUCCGUCCGUGAGUGCCUUCUGCCCUUCCACGGUUUCUGCUUUGCUAAAAACAACGCCUGCGGCUUCUUCGCCGCGUUCCGGGAUAGUCCUCCCCCAUCCAUCCAGGGGCGGACUCGCUCUGCCAGAGAUUUUUCACGGCUACUCGAGGAGAGAGACCCUCAGGAGAGAAGAAAGAACGCACCCGCCGGGCCAGAAGUGACACUCUCUUCAACACCUCUCGGGUGUACGUACACCCACCCGCAGCUGUCGUCUCUCCGUCUCCAGCCUGCUUUCCGGCGAUCUUCAGUGAGUCACAGUGAAAGUCGCGUUCCUCCCUGAAGGUCUCCGUCCGUCAGCGUUACACAAAAGUAUUACAUCGGUACACACACACACAUUUGUAUAUGUAUGUAUGUUUGUAUGUGCAUAACUCUGUUUAUAUUGUUACGACUAGCUUGAUGUUUCCUUCCUGUUUUUUGUGCGUUUGAUUCCCGUGAGGGCAAAUGGCGCCUGCUCCACCGUUUGGCGUAUUUUUCGCUUCCGCGGGCGAAGAGCGUUUUCCGGACGCCUCGCAGAGCGAGAGGGAACCGAAGGAGAAUGCCCCGUCGUUUCUAGCGUACCGCAUUCUUCCUCCCCUGUCUGCGACGAUUCCACCGCUCUCUUCUCGCGCUCCACAUCCGGUUGUCUCCCAAGGAGCUUGUGCCGCCUCUCGGCACCACCCUCCUCUCGUUCGCCACCUGCUCGACAAUUCCAUCCCUCUGCCUCAGCAGCUGGCUUCUCUCCUUCCCCCGGAAGAACACAGCUCCGCGUCCGACAGUUCUUCUCUGAUCUCCGCGGCUGCCUUGCCAGGCUCCUCUGCAUGCGCUGCUUCCGAGGGAGCACGCGAAGCGUGUGGGGCUCGCGCGCCCGCCUCUGACUCGCCCACCAAGUGUCUCGACACCCCGACAGAGACUCGCAGGAGACUCCGAUCUGCGAAGACUCCGGUGUCUCCUCGCGUCUCGAAGUCAGCACUGACCUCCUCUUCUAAUGCGUCUUCUUCCUGGACAUCGUCUUCCGGCGCGCCUUCUUCUUCAACAUGUUCGUCAAGUGUCUCUUCUUCUCCUCCGUCUGGUGUCUCUCAUCACAACACCGCCCGAUUCGCUCCACUGCUGCAGUAUGCGAGCAGUCCGCAACCGCCGUCUCUUCUGAUUCCGCCGUUCUUCUCCUCUCCGGCGACCCCGCAGCGGUCAGCCACGGCACUUCAGUCGGAGCUGGCGUCUUCUGCCCUUCGCUGUCGUGCAGCAGAACUGCAGCACCGGCGCCUCCUACGGGCUCUCGCGGCUGCGGUGUAUCGAGCUGUUCAACCGCAUGCAGCGAACUUGGCGAGCAUCAUUCAAGUGCAUGCACUCGCCGCAGCCGCGGAUCUCCACGCCUCCGCUUCCAACGAAAUAGAGGCCAGGCUCUCGGGUGACCUCCCUGAGUCCUUCGGUCUACACGGUUUUGAUCUGAACGGACAUGGUGCUUCUCCGUCUCUCUUCUCUUCUCCUGUUCUCUCUUCCUCUUCUUCUCCCUUCCCCUCCUCUUUUUCUCCCUUUUCACUGGAUGGAGGCGGCGGCGCGAGUCCUCUCUCUCCUUUCGCGGAGAAGACGAGACCGGAGACGUUUACGAGCCAACGAGGGAACGUCUUCUUUCGAGGCCGGCGGGGCGAUGUCUUCGACUUCCUUCCUGUCGUGGUGGCGGCGGCCGGGGUCGACGCGGGAGACCACCGACUUGCUGUGCAGCUGCUGAACUUUGAGUGCAUGCGCCGGAGCCGCCUCAGCUGGAGGAGAUGGCGAAGGCGGCAGUUGCUCUCGAGAAAGGCUUCGGAGGCAAGCGACGAGGACAGCGCUGGAGAGAAGACGGUUCGCAGAAGCCGCAGGGACGAAGACGCGUCGGAAAGACAGGACGGCGUCUUCUUCUUCCGGGCCGCCGUCCUUCGCGCCUCUGAGUGUUCGUGCCUGGCGGCCGCGGUCCAGUCCAUUUACCAGCAGCUGACGAGCAUGGCUUGUUGUGCGCUUUCGCAGUCAGGAAAAAACUCGUUAGUUCUGCCUUUCGCCCCCGACUCGCAGCGCGGCUCCCGCGCCUCUCGCGCAGACGCAGAGGCGGCUCACUCGCUCUUUUCGACUGUCAGUGAACAGAUGGAGGAAGCGUUCUUCCCCCUCCUAUCCGCGGCGCUAUCCCACGAAGACAUCUCGACUGCGGGGGCGUGGAGCGUCUCGCCCAAGGCGCAGUGUACGUACAGCAAGUCGCUCGAAGGUCUGCUCUUUCCGCGGCUCGACCCCAAGGGCGAGGCUCCGCUGUUUCCUGCGGGGACAGGAGAAGAAGAAGGAGACGGCUCAAGUCUCCCAGGAGACAGCAGCUUGUUGGCUGCAAAGCGCUUCGACGGAAUUUGCGAGAAACUGGAAGUGUGGUGGCGGGGCCUGAACAUUUUUCCAGAAAACGGGAGAAUGACGAAAUCCCGGGGACGCCGCGACAAACUUGGCGUCGACACCUUGCUCGAGGAAGGCAGUCUGCGUCGUGCCAAGACUCGCAGACAGAAACAGAUGAAGGAACUCUGGGGUAGCAGCGACGAGGAAGUGGAGCAGGAAGCAGAAGCAGCUGAAGCUUCCGAUGAACUGCCGGACGAAAACGAGAGCGGCGAGCCCUCGCGCGCCGGGAGUCCUUCUCCUCUCCCGUGUGCCGCUACGUCUGUUUCGCCUUCUUCCUCAGAGCCCCAGGAGACACCGGAAGCCAGCUCGCAGCCUGCAGUGUCGCCUCCGCUGUCUGUCGGUACGAGCGUUUUUCGACCUGUCUGUCUCUCUCGGCGUGGAGAGGGCGGCCGCGAAGGCUCCGACUCUGUGCAAGUCUCCUCUGCCGUGUUGCUGGUCGUUUUGGAAGAGACGGAGGCCUUUCCUCUGCCCCUGUUGUCGUCGCUUUUGCACCUCCUGUCCAUCCUUCGCAUGCAAUGUCGCAUGCCAUUCCUCGUUGUCGCUGCCGCCUCCUCGAGUUCGGCGAUUCGCCAGUUCCUUUGCGACUCGCGCGCGACCAACAGUCUUGCCGUCGAGGCCGCGACGCUGCUUCAGCCUUCGCUGGUGCAGCAGCAGAUCGUCAAUCUGCUUCUCGCCUGCUCUGCCGCUCUUCCCUUCUCCCUCUCGAUGCCCUCGCUCUUGGUGCUCCUCCAGCACCUCGAAGAAAACGUCGCGCCGUCUGUCCUUCAACUUGCGCGCGUCUUCCAAGUCGUCGUGCGCCAGUUCUACCAAGCGCACCCGCUCGCGUUUCUCUGUCGCGGCUUCGACGACGUCUUGCCCCUCUUGCAUGCAGCGGAAGAGCAGACAGAACGCGAAGCGUCGCGCGCUGCGGGAGAGCGAGAAGACUCAGAGGGAGAGAGCCCCACAGGAGACAACCGAAACGCAGAAAGAGGCAAGAGCAAGAACGCGAACGACCGCGAGUCAAUAAGGGAGAAGGAGAGAGAGACGGAAAGCAUGGAAGCGAAGGAGGCGCGGCUUGAGCAGGACGAAGCAUGUAUCACCACUGCGGAGCCAUCGCUGUUCUCGGAGGAGAAAGAAAAACGCGAAGACGCGAAACGCCUGCAGACGCGUGCGUCCCGCUUGCUCAACAAGUGGACUCGACGCACAGAGCUCCUCGCUUUCUCCUCCAUCACAGAUGAUCAUAUUCGGCUCCUCACGCAGCUGCUCCGGAACGCGACCGAGGUGUACGUACACCUCGUGGCCUCCCAGCAACACGGCGGCUUCUUUUUUGACCGCUGUUGUUGGCAACAGGAACAGCUUCUACAGAAAAGUGCCUCUGUGCUCGGAGGCGCGGGGCCGCGAGUGUCGCCGCUGUCGCGUCGAUCCCGCCCUGGCAAAGAAAACGAGGAAUCAGAGGAGGAAGAAGAAAAAACGAAGAGACAGCCCUCGGGCGACGGAGCCGCGAUGCUCGCGAAACUCAACGACCCGCUGCAUGCAAGACAAAGCGGUUCGCGCCUCACUGAGUCCUCCACCUCCAGUUCUUCCUGUGCUUCUUUCUCUGCUUCUCCCUCUUCUGCUCCUCCCUCUUCUCCUCCUCCCUUGUCUUCUUCUCGCUCUUCUUUUCCUUCUUUUCUUCCAGGGUGUCGGCGUUCGGGCGCUUGUGUGUCGCGUCGAGCGGUGUUGGCGCUGCUGCGCGCGUGGUGGGGCGGCCGGGGGUUGUCGAUUUUUUCUCGUCUGCAAGAAGAUUUUCGCGAGCGAAGGAGCGCGUUGGAGAGGCAGCGCGUCAGUCUGAAGGCGCGGGAAGCCGCGGACGAAGAGAAGCUGCGUCGCGAGGAGCGCGACACCAACAUGGCGCUGAUUUGUCGGGAGAUCCUCCCCCAGGCCGUAGGCGAGUUGGCGGAGCGCCGCGUCGGAGUCGCGCUCGCCUUCCGGCUUCUUCUGCUUCUUCAGCAGCAGCUGGAGCGCCAGAGGAGAAGCGGGAGAACGGGGACCGAGGAGAGCGACUUCAGCUACUUGCUGCCUGGCGCCGUGCCUGGCGCCGCGCCUGACGCCUCUGAAGCGUCGCGGGCUUCACGUCGAGAGAAGAAGCCUCAAGGUGACACACCCGCGACGGCGGCGGCGACUGCGAAGCGCCGGCCAGGCGGGAAGCCAAAACGCGCGAAGCAGGCAAGAACGGAGACAGAGAAGGAGACAGACGAUAUGCCCAACGACGACAAAGACGAGCAGGGAUCCGGGGCCUUUUCAGACGAAGAGGGCGACGAGACAGGGGACGCGCGGGACUGCUGGUGGCGCGGAGCCGCCGAAGCAGAAAGCGGAACUCGAGCGAUGAUCGAUGAACUUGAAAGACUUCUCGGAGUCCACGAAGAAAAUGCCUGUCUCCUGCGGAAAACGCGGCCGCAGCAACGCGUUCAAGAAAUGGCGCGAGCUUGCCGAAACGUAGGAGAAGAUCUUCACCGCUUGUUGGGGACUCUGUAUGAGGACUUGGCAGUUGCGGCUCCAGCUCGAGUGUUCCACGAUUGCGGCGGCUUCGCGGAGGGAGGCAUCGCAGAUCCGUCGGCCUUGUCGCUUCCUCUGAAACUCUUUUUCCAGCAGGGGCACCGCGAGCUGUGUCUCCUCCGUCUCUUCCUGGCGGCUAGGUCUUCCCCCGAUUCGGUUCCGGAUGCGUCGGGUGUACAUACAGCCGAGAUUUUGCAUGCACUCGACAACCUGCGACUCCUGGUUGGCGAGCUGGACGAGGCGUCACUGGCGCUUGCAGCAGGACCGAAGCGCGAGAGCUGCGCGGUCUUCUUGCCGAGUAGAAAAAGGACUUCCGUUUCUCCGCUCCGAGAGGCGGGGAGCGAGGCGGCGUGGGGUGUAUGUUCAGCCGGCAGGCCGAGGAAAGCCUUCGGGUCGGUCGCCUCGCUUUCUUCCCCGGACGCAGCGCCUCUGGGCGCGGCUGCGCCGAGCCGCAAAAGCGCCGGGGACGGAGAGAAGGAGACCAUGCCGUCUCUCGCUCAGCUGUACACGCUGAAGCUGCGUUUCUUACACGUUGUUGAGGAGCUGCUGCUUCUUCUUCUUCUCCCGCUGCCCUCUUGGCAUCCCCUGGGCACUGAGCUGGCUGUGUGGGGCGGGUCGCUCGCUAUCGAGGUGGCGGCCGCGGGCCUCGCGCUUCCCUCUGCAAAGGAGCUGGGCGGGCGUCGCGCGGAGCGUCAACUCGUCUCAGCUGCUCAAACAGUCUGUGCGCGAUUGGAGCCGAUUCCGCAGCGAGAGACUUUGGAGCACUUGGCGAUCGUCAAUCCGUUCUACCUUCAGCAGUUCGAGGACUCUGAGGACGAGGAGACGCCCAGCCGAGCCGGCAGCCAGACCCCGCACGACGCGGCGUCACCUGUGCUGUUGGAAGACGUCUCUGUGGUGUACCGACUCCUGGGCGACGCAGGGAAACGCGUAGGGAUGUGGGAUCUCUUUUGCGCCUUUUGCCGGGAGACGCUCGAAGGGCGUAUAGCCCAGGAAGCGGCGAAGUUGGGAGACAACGCAGAGACAAUUGAGGAGGAGAAGCGCGGGCGCAGCCGCGAAAGAGGCAGGGAGAAGAAGAUGCAGGGGAAGCACUUCGAAUUCGAGGUCCUAAGCAAAAUGGAAGACGAGGGAAAUGCCAACGCUGGACAGACCUCCCAAACUCUUGCGGGUGCCGCAGCCUCCUCUGCCUCGGCUGUCUCCUCUGUCUCCUUGCCUCCGGUGAAUCUUCUGCAGCAGCUUCAGUUUCGCUUCGCGGUGGCUGUGGGGUCUCUGGACCAUCAACUGGGUCUGCUGCGACUUCCGACUGCAGGGGCGUUUGCGGCAGCUGCUGAGCAGGCUCUCGUGGGAGGCCAAGGCGAAGACGGCGAGCUUCUGUUUGCGUGCGAGGGCGAACCUGAGGAAAUCCCGGAGGAAGAGAAGGACGGAGAAAGCAAGCCGAGUGACUCGCGUGCGUGGAGAGAGAAAAGCAAAGGGAAACGGGGCCCUUCGCGCUUUGCCCGAAAAAGAGUCGAAGAAGACAGCGAAGCCGAAGUCGCCAAGGAAGUUCAAGACGAACUCCGACAAAUGAAGGAGCUGCUCCACGGGGUGUAUGCACACCGCACACAGUUCGGAACCGUGUACGUACGGGACUGCCAGCGAGAGAUCCAGGAAGAGGAGACGGAGGAUGCGCCGAAACUGGAGAAGAAACGCAGACGCAGAAAGACGACCAACGCGAAAAAGAGAAGAAACCGAAUGGAGGAUUCUUCGUAAACGCGGUGACAAAUAAAGUCUGUGAAUCCCUCGACAUAUCUAUAUAUCUAGAGGUAGAUGAUUGUGUGGAGAUCAUCAGUAGGGCUUGAAAGGAGACGUUAUUCUCUUGUUUUUUCUUUAUCUCAGAAGACGACAGAAAAUGAGGCGACACGUAUUUGACGAGUGUGUCGUUUCGUCGCGCUGUCGUUGGUUGAACAGGCGCGAGUUCAUCCUGAGAAAAACGACGAGACGUUGCUAUGCUUUGUCAAACUUGCACAUCGUUUUGGAUGUUUCGGACCCAGGGAGACUUGACGCGAGUUGCUGUCGACGUCGCCUGUCUAUCCGCGCCAGUUUAGUUUUUACUUGGUGACGCUUCAGGAAACUCGCAAAAUCCUCUCAGAGGGGUCGCGCUGGUUGUGUGUGCCUGAGUUCUAUUUUCUCAACCGGAGUGCGACAGGCGAGCUGCAAAUCCGUGGACGCUUUGCCCGUUUUCCUUUCGGAAUGCAUGACCUUGACUCACAGUCUCCAG